AUGACCAUCCUAAACAACGACUCCCAUACUGGGAACGGAAGUUUUUUGCCCUCUGCAAUACCCACCGAUACCAUUCCUGCGAUAGUUCUAACGUUAUUCAUUCUAUUCAUCAACGCGUUUGUAGUUCUGCUCAUCGGGUCUUCCUCCAGCUUGAGAUCAACAAGCAACAUUAUUCUCGCCAGUUUGGCGUUAUCCGAUUUUCUGAUGGGAUUGGUCGGAAUUCCUCUCGUCGUCGCCUGCAGCAGUACGUUUGCGUCACCCGUUUGCCUGAGUGCCAAUUUAUUUUCAACAUUUAACUCUGUGUCGUCAGUACUACACAUCUUGGUUAUGACUUUCGACCGCUACAUAUUUAUAAUGUGGGCCUUGCGUUACCGUGAAAUCUUCAACCGUAGGCGGGUUUUCGCCAUUCUUAGUGCUGCCUGGUUAAUCAGCUUAACGCCUCAGUUAGUUCGCCUUUCAUGGACUGCGGGGAAGCUUCGCGUCGAAACGGCGAAAGAGGACGUUAAACUACGCAUGAAAGAAAAGGAAUUAAUAUUCUUCACUUUUAAUGCUGCAGUCUUUUUCUUCGUUCCCCUCAUUGCAAUGAUCAUUCUUGAUACGCGCAUGCUGCUGCUGUUACGAAAUCAGUGUCAAAGAAUCGCCCGGGAAAACUUGCCGGCCGAGAGCAUCAAACACGAAACCAAGAUGCAGAAAAGGCAAAUGAAGGCUGUAAUUACAUGCGUACUGCUCCUCUCGCUUUACGUAACUUUCUGGUUGCCUUCUUUUAUCGUGGAAUUUUUACAACAUUAUGCCACAGGUGAUAAAUAUGGGCAGUCGCACGGAGUUAUGAUCUUAAUUACUUAUCUCAGGUUUUGUCCAGCGUUGUUCAAUCCGAUAGCAUAUACUCUUAGAAAGCCUGAUUUAAAAAGAGCCGCUAGAAGUAUCGUUUACAAGACUUUCCCUAACUGGAAAACCCAAUUCGUAGAGAAUCGGACAGAACAAAUUCCUCUGGCUAGUCGAAGUGAGGUCUGA